UAAAUAAAACACAUUCAUCUACAUAACAUCAACACAAAAAGAAUCAUUUUUCAUGUAAAAUUAUCAGUUAAAACUAGUGUUAUUCAGUAAUAAUUUCACUUUAAAGUUUGUGAUAAGAAAAAUAUUAAUUGACUGUUAUUAUUUUAAAUCUGUGACCAUGGAACAACAUCAAGGUGUAGAAGAGCGAAUAAGAGCAGUAGAAGAGGCUAUAUGCCAACUUUAUCAAAAUCCAGCAUUACAAAAUCCUGUCCAGUCUCCGCAGACAACUAGGUCAACUAACAUAGACCAGAAUAAACCACAGCAAAAAAGUGUUACUUGGGAGACUAGUCCAACUUCUGAAACCACCCCCACAUCACAAGGGUUUUGGUCGGAAGGUUCAUGGAUAACUAGUUCUGAUAGCCCGCCUAUCCAGGAUCCCAGCAAACCAAAUGAAGAAGCUCAGCCAAAGUUUAUAGAGAGAACCUGGGGUGAUUGGUGGACUGCUGACCCCUUUGAAGACCCUGUUUUUGGAUGGUCCCCACAACCUACAUCUACAUCUAGAGGCCGACAGAUUAAACAUAGUCCCUUAUCUAUUGGAACAAAAUACAUCGAGAGAUCAUGGGAGGCCUGGUGGACUCCGAAACCCAAUCUUAACACUUCUGGACAGCCUGACUCGCCCAAUAUUGUAAUGCCGGCAGAUAAUACAUGGCCUACUUCUGAACCUGGUACUUCUGGACAGAGUGAGCCGUUUCCCGUAGUGUUGGAGAAAGAUGGUACAUGGCACAGGCCUACUUCUGAAUCUGAAAACUAUUUUAUUCCUGGACAGCUUGGCUCGCCUAAUGUUGUAUUGAUGGCAGAUGGUACAUGGCAUUGGCCUGAUGAUAAACCAGUUGCCCCCAAUCCAACAAAAUCUGCAGUAUUGCCUGCUGGGGAAAAAGGGAAACCUGGUAAUCAAUUUAUUCCAGAAGACAUCCACAUCCUUGCUGGCAAAAACCAGGACCUGCAAAAUGUGUUGCAACAAUUUGAUUGCGUGAGUGGAGCUCUUUCAAAUGAAAUUGAUCAGAUCAUGCUUCUCAACAGGAAACUGCGUAAAGAUAUGAACCACCCGAGCAAUGGACAAUGCUUCUAAAACCUCCAAGACCCUGUUUUUUAAGAUUGAAAAAAUAAUCACUAACAAUUAUAAUGUUGUGAAGGAUUUCAGAGGAAAAAUAUGUAAAUCGUCUUAUUCUCUCAUUUAAAAAUAAAAUUGUCUCAGAAUUUAACAAA